AUGACUUCUCAGAAAACUGUGAAAAGUUUAGAUAAAGGCAUUAUUGAAUGUAAAAUAGAUAGUUAUCUAAAAGCCCCUCUUCAACCUAUUCAAUAUGCAUCUUUUCCAUCUACACCAUCUUCAACAAAUCAAUCUAUAACUGCAGAUGAAGCUAGUUCCUUAUCUCUUGAUGAACUAAAUUUAUUACUUAAUGUCACAUGUAAUUCUGAAAGAAGGCAUGAUUUCUUGGUUCAAAUUACUAAAACUAAAAAAGAAAUUGAAGCUGAGAAAAAAGAAAGACAAAGAUUACAGAAACAUGCUGCUGCCCAAGCCAAAAAUGAAGUUGUUAGUAGUACUGCUAAAAAAAGACAAAAGGAAGUUAUUAAAGAUGAUAAAGCAAAAGUUUCUCUAGGUAUCCUGGAUGUUGGUAGAAUAUUCAAGACUUUACAAACUGUCCAAGAACCAGUAACUAUAUCUGAUUAUAACUUUUCAAAAAGAAAAAAACAAAAAUUAAUUCCUUUAGUUUACCUUACAAUUGAUAUGAACAAUUCUAAUAAUUCAUUAUCUGACCUAUUAUCUAUGAUGAAAAAUCCUGUUCUAAAUGAAGCAUUAAAAUGUAAAGAUAAGCGUAGUAUGUCAACCCUUUUGGGAAAGUUGGCAAGUAUUGUUUUGCCCAUUGACCAUUUUGGCUCUUAUCUCGAUUCUAGUGAUAAUAUUAUAGAUAAUGAGUUGGCAAACCAAAACUUUUGUUAUACUAGUGAAAGAUUUUCUGAAGAAGCAUAUGUCUUGUUAGAUGAAAAUGAUGGAUUUUUAUUAUCAGCUACCAAAG